UCUUAACUUCAUACCUCCACCAUACAGAGACAUAGCAACAACCAAUCUCCACAGAUCGAAGCCAUCCAGAUUUAAAUAUCUUUUUUCCAUGAAGUAAACAGUUGACUAGUUCAAGCAGGAAAGCAACUGCAGAUAUAAUUAAUGGCGAAAUCUUUACAGAGAUGGAGCGGGGUCUUCUUCUGAAUUGACCAUACCCAAUUUCCCUUUUUGUUUUCAUAUUUGGUCCACUUCUCUUGAAAGCGACCUUGUAAGGACCAUCAGCAGAAGGAGACUAUGUCUUGCUCAAUUUUCAGAUCAAGACCCCCCAAUCCUCUAUUCAUGUUCAUGAGCCUAUACGGAAAUGAAAAUUUCCCUCCCUCUCUUACUCUUCUUCAGAAUCCUUUUGUUUCAUCUUCAUCUCUGUUUCGCCGAUGCUGCCCACGAUGAAUUCAAAGCUUGCGGUGUGAAUUACAACUGCGGUCAAUUGGUUAACAUCUCGUAUCCAUUUUGGGGGAAUGAUCGCCAAUCUUUUUGCGGUCGCCGUGAAUUCGGCCUCAGUUGCAAAAACAACGAAACCACUACCAUUCAUAUCAAUUCUUGGCCAUAUAUUGUUGUGAACAUCAGUCAAUCGGAUCAUAGAAUGACGAUCGCAAGAUCAGAGCUGUUCGAUGAUUACUGCCCUGACAAAGAAAUUGGAGGGGGGGCGUUGGAUUUUAGUCCGUUCAAGUAUUCUAACAACGAUCUGAAUUUGUCCUUGUGGUACGAUUGUCCGAUACUGCUGGAAGUCCCGAAGUAUUUCGUAUUUGAGUGUGUAUCGAAAGGGGAAAGAAGUGGGAGAACGAAUUAUGCUUUGGAGGAGUCUGAAACGACGAAAUGGAGUCCAUAUAACAGAGAAUGUGGAAUUAAAAUCGAUGUGACGAUUACCUCGGAGAUAUUUCAGGAAGGGAAAACGAACAGAACGGUGAUGAUGGAAAGGGGAAUGAAAGAAGGGUUUGAAGUUGAAUAUGAGGACAUUUACAGCACAGCUUGCGAGGCAUGUAAGGAAUACGGCGGGGCGUGUGGGAGAAACGCAACAAAAGAAUUUCUAUGCAUUUGUAACAACGGAGAAGUACAUCUUUAUGUUUGCACACCUCCUCCUCCUCCUUCUCCUCCUCCUCCUCCUCCUCCUCCUCCUCCUUCUCCUCCGGGAAGAAGAAGAAUAUUGGCAAAGGCCUUCAUAGGUGCAUUUUCGGGAACUGGCGGUUUGAUAAUCUUUAUAAUCAUCAUCGCCAUCUGCUACAUGAGGAAAAACAAAUCAAACAAAGACAACAUUGAGGAGAGUAUAAGAAGAUAUUCCAUAUUAAUGCCCAAGCGAUAUAGUUACUCAAAGUUGAAGAAAAUUACAGACUCCUUCAAGAACAAACUUGGCCAAGGAGGAUUUAGCACUAUCUACCGAGGAAAGCUACCCGAUGGACGUGACGUGGCUGUAAAACUUUUGAAUGAGUCCAAAGAAAAUGGCCAAGAUUUCAUCAACGAAGUUGUUAGCAUCACCGGAACUUCGCAUGUAAAUAUAGCCUCACUCAUAGGUUUCUGCUACGAGAGGAAGAAGAGAGCUCUGAUUUAUGAAUAUAUGCCUAGAGGGUCAUUAGACCAAUAUAUAUCCCACAAAGGGCCACACAGAAACAACAUUGAGCUGGAUUGGAACACACUUCAUAGCAUCGUUAUCGGUGUGGCACGAGGAUUAGAAUACUUGCACCGUGGUUGCAUAACAAUGAUUUUACAUUUUGACAUUAAACCACACAACAUACUUUUGGAUAGUGAUUUUUGUCCCAAGAUCACAGACUUUGGGCUUGCCAAGCAAUGUAGGGCUAGAGAAAGUCAUGUAACAAUGACGGGCGUGAAAGGGACGGUAGGAUUUAUUGCACCUGAAGUAAUAUUUAGGAGCUUUGGUAAGGUAUCUCACAAGUCUGAUGUAUAUAGCUAUGGAAUGUUAGUUCUUGAAAUGGUGGGAGCAAGAAAGAAUCCAAAUGAUGGAGUGGGGCAAAGCAGUGGAGAGUACUUUCCUGAUUGGAUAUACAAUAAUCUUACACAAAGUGAAAUAGAUGAAGGUUAUUGUUUGCGGGGAAGCACAGAAGAAGAAAAAGAGAUGACAAGAAAAAUGAUAAUCGUGGGACUACAUUGUAUUCAAACAUUGCCCGACGACAGGCCGUCGAUGACCGACGUUAUUGCAAUGUUGGAAGGCAGUGGCGAUGGCUUACAAAUUCCACCGAAACCCAACUUGUUUGGACCUCCAACCUUUGAGCAUCCCCAACCUUCUUCCUCUUCAUCUAACGAAAUUCCUAAUGAUAGUUUGAUAUUGUAGCAGCAACAAUCAUAUUUAUCCUCCAAUGAAAUCUCUUAGGUUUCAUGUCCUUUUAUCAUUUUUGAGUAAUACAAACUUGUAUAUGAUUUGGUGACAACGAGGGAAGUAAACGUGGAGGAAAUUUUCACUUCA